CAUCAUCAUUAACUCCAGAGGGCGCCAUGUAAUCGGUGGUAGACGAACAUGGAAAUGACGUUUACGGAUUUUUAAUAAUUAAAACUAUGUAAAACUUUGUUUAUUUUCGGUGACCGGAUGUUUAAAGUCUAUCAAAAGGUUAAAAUUAAAUCAAGAUGUUCCGUUGGAAAAAUAAAGAAGAAAAGAAAAGAAAGGACAAAAAAGAUAGGAGACAGGGAAAAAGUAAAGAUGAAGAAUAUGCUCAGGAUGAUAUAAAACAAUUUGAUGAUUCUUUGCAUUCUGUUUCUUUAGUUAAUAGAACUUUUGAUGAAGAUACUGUAGAAAAACAUAGUGAUAGCAGUGAAUAUAGCCUCAGUUCUGCAGCAAGAUCUGAUUCAAGCCCUUCUGCAAGCAGUUUAACAAAUUUAGAUAGUAAACCUGCAAGUCCAACAAAAAAACCCCCACCAGUUCCUAAAAAACCAUUGAUUAGAAAAAUUGGCAAUGAACAAAAUAUUUACAUUUCUCGCCAGACUUCGGGGCCAAAUAGCUUAACUAAUGAAGUUAUGUCAAUUUUAGAAAAGAUAAAUCCAACUCCACCUAAACCUCCUUCUCAAAGACCACCUCCUCCACCAGCACCUCCUGUAAAUUUACAAAAAGCAAAUUGUUCAAAUUCAUUAUAUUAUCAAUCAUUUCCAGGUGAACAAGUUGGUUGUAAUGUCCAUUGGAAAGCUUAUAAUACUGAUUUAAAGUUGCCUACAAUUAAUCUUCCAAAACCUCCAUCUGUUAGAACAUUGGUUAUACGUCGUCAAACUACAGGUGAUUUUGGCUUUUCAUUGCGGAGAGCUAUCAUAACCGAUCGGUCGGAUGAUGGAAGCGAAUGUCGGCAGACUAUAGUUUUUGCUGAGCCCAGUACAUUAGGCAAAGGAAAUGAAACGGGCUUAUUACCUGGUGAUCGGUUACUUGAAGUAAAUAAUAUAAAUGUAGAAAAUAAAUCAAGAGAAGAAAUAAUUGAACUUAUAAAAUCAUCAAAUGACAGUGUGACACUUAAAGUUCAACCAAUAUUAGAACUCAGUGAAUUAACUAGCAGGUUAGGCAGUGAAUGGUUAAAUUCAGGAGAAAAUGCAUGGCAAACAAGAGCAUUGUCACGCAGCGGAAGUCGGAAAUGUAAAUUACUAAAAAUUGUACACAAAAUUUUACAGGUUAUGAGACUUUUUAAAGGUUGUAAACAAGAUGAUAUGCCUCCUCAUAUAUACUCAGUUGCUCAAUCAGCAUAUAAUUUUCUAUUAAGUACAAGAAGGGACCAAGCUAUUAUAUUAUUAGGAAGAAGUGGAAGUGGAAAAACUACAAAUCUGAGACAUUUAUUACAAUAUUUUGCAGUUACAAGUAACUCUAAAAAUGCUAUCACAGUUGAAAAAUUAAAUGCUGUUUCAACAAUUUUGGAAGCAUUUGGAAAUUGUCGAACUAUUAUGAAUACUAAUGCUACACGUUUUACAGAAGUGUUUUCCUUGGAUUUUGAUCAUUCUGGUCAAAUUGUAUCUGCUUCUGUACAGAUAUUUAUGUUAGAACGUACUCGAGUAUGCCGACGUCCAGAAGGAGAACCUAACUUCCAUGUUUUUUAUCAUUUAUUAGCAGGAAUUGAUGAAAAUUUAAAGAAAGAAUUAUACUUAGAAAAUUUAACUGAAACUUGCUUAUUUAUGACUCCAUUGCAAAGGAUUGAUGAUCAACAGAAAGCAAGCUUAUCUUGGAUGUACAUUAAAGCUGCAAUGCAAACACUUGAAAUUCAAGAAAAAGAAUUAAGAGCUAUUCUUAAUAUUUUAGCAGCAAUAUAUCACUUGGGAGUUGCUGGUGCCUCCAGAGCUACAAAUGGAAGACCUCAAUUUACAAAACCUCAAAGUGCACAAAAAGCUGCUAAUUUAUUAGGUACCACUGUUGAAGAAUUAUCAAAAGGAAUUUUUAAUUCAGAUUCAUCUGCAUCACUUGGAAAAUAUCCUUCUAGUGAAGGUGGAAUUGAAGCAAUUGAAGCACUUCAAGCUAUAGUAGCUGGAUUAUAUGGAGAAAUUUUCUCAGUUCUGCUCACUCUUAUUAAUCGAUCACUUUCAUCUGGAGGGAGGACUGUUGCUUCUAUACAUAUUAUUGAUUCACCUGGUUUUCAGAAUCCUGCUACUUGUGGUCGGCAAAAUGGUGCUACAUUAGAAGAUUUUUGUCAUAAUUACUGUCAAGAAAGACUACAAUGUUUGUUUCAUAAUUCAAGUUUCUUAGCAAUGCAAGAAAGAUAUGCACAAGAAAAUAUUUCUUGGGAUACAGAAGAAUUUUUUGUAACAUCUCCUUCUUCAAUGAUAAACCUAAUAGAACAGACACCUUCCCAAGUAACAAUAAGAAAUUCAAAUUCAGAUUUAAAAGAAUUUUGUGAUAGAGGUAUAUUAAGUGUUCUUGAUGAAGUAUCCAUUUUACCUGGAAGUUCAGAAAGAGCUUUUAUAGAGAAAAUAUUUAACAACUGUGUAACUCGAGAAAAUCAACAUCUUAUUCAGCGAGGUCAACAUGGACAUCAGUUUAUUUUAAAUCAUUUUUUUGGAACAAGUUCUGUAAUAUAUAAUGUAACUGGAUGGAUAAGAAAUAGUCGUGAACUUCCAGUUACUCGACAUGCUGCUACAAUUCUUCAAGAUUCAAAAAAGGAUUACAUCUGUCAGUUAUUUGUUUCGUGUCGAGGUUUAUUUCCUGCUGUUGGAAAUUGUUCUUUGUUUAGUAAUGAUAAUUUUGGGAGUUUGCGCAGGACAUCUAGUAUUCGUCGUGCUCAAACUGUUGCAAUGACUGGAAUCAAAAGACGUUCACUUCCGUUACAAAUUAAAUCAACAAUAGAUGGACUAUGUGAUAUAUUACAUAAAGUUCAGUUACAUUUUGUUCAUUGUUUACUCCCACAACAUAAUGCAGGGUUAUGUGAUUUAAAAAAUUUGAAUCAAUCAGUUGGUAAAUCAAUUUCUUCAGAAGAUAUUCCACUUAACAUUCCACUUCUUCGAUCUCAGGUACGAGGAGCACAGAUAUUAGAUGCAAUCCGUGUACAUAAACAAGGUUUUCCCGAACACAUCACAUAUUCGGAAUUCAGACGAAGAUUUGAAUUAUUAUCACCUCCUGAACACCAUAGUGUUCAUCCAGUUUUAGAUGAGAAGAAAACUGCAGAAAAACUACUUGAAAACAUUGAUAUUGAUAAAUCUUUGUAUCGUCUUGGUUUAAGUAAAAUAUUCCUUCGUUCAGGUACACUCUCUAUACUUGAAAACCAGAGGGAUGACAAAUUAAAUGAUGUUAUAGUGCAAUUUCAAGCAAGAUGUCGCGGCUAUCUUUCAAGAAAUAAUUAUAAAAAGUUAUUUGAUGAAGGAAUUGAUGAUGGAAAAAUUGAUUUAAAAAAAAUUUAUUGGCUCAUUGACAAAAAAGACAUUAUCGGGUCCAUAUUAAUUAGCAACUAUAUCAAGAUCGUUAUGCGUUUCUUCUCCUUCUAUGCUUUUCUUUUGGAGAGACUUCACCAACUAAUCGUACACGUUAACGCAAACAAUUCCUUAUCUGGAUUUAAUUCCACUUCAAGGGAAGAACUAGAGAAUUUAAAAGCGAAAGUAGAAAAAUUAGAAAAGGAAAGGAUCGAAUUAAAGCAUAACAAUGAUAAAUUGGAAGUGAAGGUGUCGGAACUUUGGUCGGAUCUGAAUGAAGAACAGGCCACGUCCACUCAUGUUUCCGAGAUGCUAGAAUCGGAAAUAUCCGAAAGGAUGAAGCUAGAAAAGGAAGUUCAGGAACUUCAGGAAGAACUAGAGAAUUUAAAAGCGAAAGUAGAAAAAUUAGAAAAGGAAAGGAUCGAAUUAAAGCAUAACAAUGAUAAAUUGGAAGUGAAGUUGGAAAAAAAGCUUGAAAAAAUGGCAACUCCCGUCCAGAAAACGGAAACCAAUACCACUAAUAAUAGCAAUGUAGUAAAGGUCGGCCAGGUACCACCAAAAAAUGGACUAGUCAAGCCGAUAUCUGUUAUCGCACCCAUCAAAAAAGAAACCGAAAAAACGGCGAAGAUGGGACAGGUAUCCGGAGGUGUAUCCAAUGGCAAAGAUCCGAAUCGGACCAAUGGUGAGAAAACCAACAUCGGGAACAACAACAACGCUAAUUCGGCUUAUCGUAAAUCAAACGAUCAGUUAAAUGCUAUUUCUGGUGGCGAUAAAAAAUCUGCAGCAAGCAAAGAGAAAGUAUCCGACGUCACUAAGUCGGAAAUGGCAACCGGUAAAGCUUCGGCCACUUCUCAGAAGGAAAAUGUCCAGACCAUCGAUAUUAGAGAACUGCAGAAAGUAUUCAAGAAAUCGGAUGCCAACCCCACUCCACCCAUUCCCAUCAGGAAAAAAACGGUGACCAAUUAUAACAACAGAGGCAGCGUGUCGAGCGAUAUCGUCAAGAAAACCGAAGCCAAAGCGGAAAUAAAAAAGAGUACCAGUACAUCCAAUGUAUCAUCGUAUCUGUCAAAAAAGUAUCAAGAUAUGAAAGAAAGAUCUAACAGUUUUCGUUUCCUGUCAAAGUCCAACGAAAAGCCUUCUCUGACUCAGCGUAUCUUCAACGAUACCCGAUCUUUAAGCAGGAAUCGAUACAGCUCUGUAGAACGUUCUCUUGAAAUCCUGAAGACUCCUUCAUCGAAGAUGCCACCCCGUAUUACUUCCCCUACUCGUCUUACCUCUCCCACUCGCUUGACUUCUCCCACCCGCCUGACUUCACCCGCUCGCCUGACUUCUCCCUCUCGACUGACUUCCCCACCCCCCAGCAAGGAAAGUGUUUACAGAUAUAAUAGUGGUAGAAUAGCGGAUCGUAAAUUAUCAUCAUCUUCUCAGGUGUCGGAACUUUGGUCGGAUCUGAAUGAAGAACAGGCCACGUCCACUCAUGUUUCCGAGAUGCUAGAAUCGGAAAUAUCCGAAAGGAUGAAGCUAGAAAAGGAAGUUCAGGAACUUCAGGUGAGUUGGAUUUUUUUUCUUUUUAAUGGCUUUUACAUGCGUAAGAUCGAAUUUGAGACGAUUAGUUUUUCCCUUUGCAACGGGACAAUGUCGUUUAAGUUUCCGUCUUGCGCAUGUUUUUAUAAUUUAUUUUUAACUGGCAGAGAAUUUCAUCUAUCCGGGAAAAUAUUGCAGACAUUCGUAACGGAAUGCCAAUUUUUUUAAAAUGUGAAUUAAUAAUUACGUUGGCCCAUCGUGAAGUAUAAUACGGAUCCGUGGAUUAUUGCAUUAUAUUCUUUAUAAAUGGAACAUAUCCAUGAAGAACAUUAACACGAAGUGUUACGUUAUGCAUCGCUUAAUAAUUUAUACGGCAAUUAUCGAGAAAAACUACUUAUACGUAUAUAUAUAUAUAUAUUUGGCCGCCAUACUCCGUUAUUUUAAGACGGGUUUCUUUGUUGCAUUUUUUUAGAUGAUUAAUCGAAAACUAAGCUAAUAGGUAAAGCGUUCGCGAACUAUAAAUAGAGACAGCUUGAUUAAUUAUACACAAUCGCGCUACUCACCCGGUUGGCUUUAAAACCAGUAUUUUCUUAUUUUUCUUUUUGGUUUUUUUAUUGCAUAAACAAACUAGUCGGAGAAAUCGGAUAUCUUCUGGGAUGGCGGUAUCUGCCAGAUAAUUACCGUCAAGUUAAAAACUCUUCCGGGGUAAUUUGUUUAAACGAAUAAGAAAAUAUUCCCGAAGAUCAUUUGUUAAAAGAGAAAAAUUUUCUUCGUACGACAAUUUUUGCUGCUGUUGUACUCUAUUCGCUUUUUUAUUGUUUUAUCCAUCUGUCACUUUAAUUCCCUCUUGGCCAAUUGGCAUAGGGAAGAGCCAUCGUUAACUUAAGUAUGAUACUUGACGAGAGGUUUGGCACAGAAACCGACAUCUCGUCGCGCGAUCGCUUAUAUAAAAAUCGCCCGUUAUAAUUAUUGUCGCCCCAACGAAAGUCUCGCUUUCUCUCUUUUUCACCUACUUUGUAUAACCGUCGCAUUCCCUCGUUUAUGACACUAAAUGCGCUUUAGCCUAGCGCCAUAUUUAUUCGGCGCGCGGCACGCUAAGCGGGCGCGACGCGGCGCGGCGCACCGUUAUCUCGCUAUUUAAUCGAAAUGAAUCCCAUUAAUUAAUUAUGUAAUUUAUCUUGUUACUCGAAA